AUAGGAAACAGAUCGCUUUUUUUGGUCACUCUAUGUGAUGUAACUCACAGGUGAAAGUAGGGACGGUUAGGGCUGGCUUUGUGUGCUGUGUAUGUAUGUGUGUGGGUGUGGGUGUGUACGUGUGUGUGUGUGCUGUGUCUCUCUCUCUCUCGGACGCAGGAGCGCGCGGUAGCGACGUGGACCGAAAUGAAAGUCGCGCGCCACCGCCGAUCGUGGAAGCAUGUUGGAGUAGAAGGGCGCGUGACGAGCGGAUGAGUGCGCACACCCGACACGACUUGGUCUUACUUUUCUACUUGACCUCAGUUGCCUGGUUCUAGGCUUGUUUUUGUUGUACUGUUUGUAGUUUUCUUGUCGUUUGUUUUGAUUUCUUACGCGCGCGAUGGCCGUGCGCAGCAGCUCCUUGAUGCCUUUCUCCAUUCAGGCCAUUCUAAACAGAAAAGGGGAGGAAGAGGAGGAGGAAGAAGAAGAAGAAGAAGAAGAAAAAGACGAAGAAGGAAGGCGCCGACUGAAAGAGCUAGACAUGUGUUUUUCGAAAAGCGCGUGCUGGAAAAUAUUCGGAGGAACGCACGAGGAGGAGGACAGGGAUAGGGGGCAGAGGGAGAGGGAAAGGGAGAGAGCGCGCGUGGCGGCGAGCCACCACAAGAGCUAUGACUCAGACUCUGGGCUCAGCGAGGACCACCACCACGACCACCACCACCUCGACGAUGAACGUGAGGCGAAAAGCAAUUCGGGGCGCGAGGAACGGGACGGAUGUGAAUCGCGCGCGCUGGAUGAGAGUUUUCACGACGAGACUGACCGAGAGUCCACUGCUGCGGAUCAAGCGCGAGAGCUGAGUGACUGCGAGCUCUUAGCCAGCGUGUCCGAUUGUAAUAACGCGGAGGAAAAGGUCUCCGAGCAGCCCGGCGGAAAGCAACGCAAGAAACGCUCUCGCGCAGCCUUCUCUCACGCGCAGGUGUUCGAGCUCGAGCGCCGCUUCAGCCACCAGCGCUACCUGAGCGGACCGGAGCGCGCGGACCUGGCGGCGUCGCUGAAGCUGACGGAGACCCAGGUGAAGAUCUGGUUCCAGAACCGCCGCUACAAAACGAAGAGGCGCCAGAUGGCCGCGAGCAGCGCCGCAUCCGCCGCCGCCGCCGACCUCCUCCUGCCCGCCGCCAAGCGCGUGGCCGUCAAAGUGCUCGUGCGCGACGACCGCAGGCAGUACUCACCCGGAGAGCUGCUGCUCCUGCGCCCGCCGCCGCUCCUCGCGCUCCAGCCGCCAUCUUCCUCUUCCUCCCCUUCAUCAUACUGUUACUACUAUCACCCGCACGCAUACUGCGCGCCCGCCUGGACCCUGUCCGCGUCCGCGUGCGCCGGGAACCAGUGAUGCAUGCACGGGCGAGAGAAAUAAGAAGUCUUUUGUUUGUAUGUUUAUCCGUUUUGUUUGUUUGUUUGUUUGGAUUUUAAACUCCCAACAAAUACCAAAAAAAGGAGGGAGAGACGAUAAGACACUGCGUUCAACUGUUUUAAGCUGAAACAAACUUAAAGACUAAUGACAUCACUUUAUUAUAUUAUUAAUGUGAUACUUUUUGGUAUUAUUAUUAAUAUUGUUAUUAUUUGUUUCGUUUUUUCCUGAAUGUAUAUGGGAAGUUUCCGUUCUUUUUUUAUUUUUUCGUUCAAAAGCGUACUGGAGAGCAGUAACGCGUCACUUGCACACAAGAGAUAGAGACAUGUGUAGGUGAAAACGGUAAGACUCCAGCACUUCCGGUAUAUCUAAUCUUAUUCUCGCGCAAACAACUCACCAGAUUGUGUGUGUGUGUGUGUGUGUGUGUGUGGCCACAGUUGCAGACUUUAGUAUUCGUGUAACACAUUGUUGCUGUUUACAAACUGAUCCAAAAGGCGGCGAACAUUAAAACACACGUAUAAAGUAGUGUGUGUGUGCGUGUGUGUGUGUAUGUGUGUGUGUUUUGUACACUUUGUCAUUGUCUGAGCAGAAAGGUUUAUUAAAGGCGUUUAAGUGACAGUUGAGCUGUUUGUGUGUCGUCACAUUUGUGUAUAAGUGGCACUAGAUUCACGUGAAGAGAAAAAAGAGACAAAACUUUUACACAGAACGAACAUUAAAAGAUUUUCAUCUGAUAGAAAUUCACAUUUCAUCGUGUCUAAUCAAUGGAAGACGUUUUAGGUGCACUUGAAGUCUUUUUACGCAAC